AUCGAGAAAAAUGGCCUUUACUCUCCAAUAUCUCAUUAUCUUUUCCUUAUGCAUUCUUUAUGUAGAAUCAACAGACCCAUCUGCCCAGUUAUGCAACGAAAACUCAAACACCACAACAUCUGAAAUAAAAAAAAAUAUCGAUUCACUUCUAACCACACUGGUCCAAGCCACUUCCAAAUCGGGAUAUAGUGCCACCUCAUUAGGCUCAGGUCAAUCCCGAGUUUAUGGUCUAGCCCAGUGCCGAGGGGAUGUUCCCAGCGAUGAGUGCUCGACUUGCAUCCAAACCGCCGCAAAAGAAAUAAAAAAAGUUUGUCCAGACCGGGUUGAUGCUAGGCUUUGGUACGAAUAUUGCUUCAUCCGGUACAACACAGAAAACUUCUUUGGGCAAGUUGACACGGGGUACGGAACGUUUUACUAUAAUGUUGAAAACGUAACGGACCCAAAAACGUUCAAUAGCGCUCUGGGAGCACUUAUGUAUCGGAUUAAUUCAUUAGCGAGUGCGCCUGGUAACAAAGGUAUCGCGAAAGAUGAGACUAAGUUGACAGAUUUUGUGACACUUUAUGCUUUGUCUCAGUGUACACAAGAUUUGUCACAGCUUUCGUGUAGGCAAUGCUUAGCGAUUGCUGUUGGGAAUUUUCCGACUUAUUGCGACAGCAAGAAAGGGUGUAGAAUUAUAUAUAGCAGUUGUUAUGUUAGAUAUGAAUUGUAUCCUUUUUUCUUUCCACUUGAUGCGAAGUCCGCUCUCGAAAGCUCUUCGAUGACAAACUACGUAUCCGUCAUUAAAAAACAUUGAGUUUUAGUGACGAUUCGAAGAAAUUAGUUGAAGAUUUAUCAAUAAAUUUAUGUUUGAUGUA